AUUCUUCUCCUGUGACUUGGAUUGGUAUUUUAUACAAUAAAUAUAUAUAUAUAUAUAUAUAUAUAUAUAUAUAUAUACAUAUACAUAGAGAUAUAUAGAUAUAUUUAUAUAGACUUAUACUAGUGUUGAUAUAUUAUAAUUGGAUAAUGAAGAAAAGUCUUUUGAUUUGUACUUAUAUUGUUAUUGGAAUAGGCCUAUACGUUUUAUAUAAUCUCUUAAUGAUUGGUAAGAAUGAACAGAAUAUUGUAGAGUUUGAAAAACUAGAAAAGCUAGCUUUUCAAGAUUUAAUAAAUGGGGAAUGGCAAACUUUAAAGAAGGAUUCAAAUAUCAUUUACUUUCAUAGAGCAAUUUACGAUUCUAGAAAAUUCGAAAAAUGGUCAAGUCCUUGCGUUACAAUGUUUGUUCUUAGUAAUACGCAGGAAGUCAACGAUCUAGAAGAUCUUACCUGUGGUUAUACAUUCUUUAAUAGGACAAUUCGUAGAAAUACUAAUGUUAUACUAACUGACAAGGCUUUCAGAUGGCAUGAAACGCAUCUUCAGGAAUUUGUUGUUCAGUGUCCGGUGGACGGUAUCUACCCAAUUCCUACCUACAUCUUCAUAGAGAGAAAUACUAAUGAUAGAGCUACACUCAAAAUAGAGAGACCCUACGCAGGAAGUCACGAUAUAGGGAUUUGCGUUCCAGUCAUAUACGGUUCAUUCGACACGCAUAUGCUAAUUGAAUGGUUCGAAUUGCAUAAAUUUUUCGGCGUAAAUUUUUUCGAUAUAACCGUCUGGAAUGUUUCGUCAGACGUUCUAUCCGUUCUGAAAUAUUACGAAUCACAGCAACAGCUUUUGCUAACGCUAGUGGAUAUACCAUUCAAGGUGAAACUGGACCAGACUGCCUCCGGAUUACAGCCUAGUAAGAAGCCAUUUUUUCUUAAAGCAUUUAUGCCGAUUGCUUUAAACGAAUGCUAUCUGAUGAACUCGUUAAGGGCAAAAUAUAUGCUAUCGUUAGAUUUUGACGAAUUUAUUUAUAUCAAUAUGACUAAAUAUCGAAGUUAUAACCAACUUUUACAAAAUUUUCACCACGACGAGUAUUUCGUUAAUCUUUUAAUGGGAAAAGUUAAAUUCGACAUAAGCUGUCAGAUGACCCUUAAAAGUUCCAGCUAUAUAUUUCGACACGCUUUCAGACAACCACUAGAAACAAUGAAAAUGGCCGAUAAUCCAAAAUCCUUCUUUAGGCCUACAAACUGCCCUUACAUGGGUAAUCACUUUUGCGUAUGGAAUAAGGAAGUAAGCCAAAAGGGAUAUCCUAGAGCGAAAACAUCACAAGUUUUCGUCUCCCAUUUCAGGAAGAGAGAAAAGUGCGAGGAAUCUGUUAAACAAAAAUAUCAAAUUGAUAGAACUCUUAAAUUUGCCGCACCUACAUUAUUAGAAAGAUUUGCCAAGGUUAAAAACAAAUUAAGAUUAAAGAAAAUAACUUGAAAAAGAAGACAACGUCCUAGUUUUUUCUUUUCUCUCUCUCUCUCUCUCUCUCUGUCUCUUUCAUUCUUUCUGCUUUUGUUCUACUUUCUCUAUUUAGCAGUUUUAUUUUGUUUAAGUGAUUUGUUUAAUAAAUAAAAAUUGUUAUUCAAUCGCUUAUUGAGUAAGAUUGAAUGAAUCAGUAAAUGAAUAAAU